AUGGCGGCCGAGAGUCGAGGCCCGCAAAUUGCUGCUGUCGGGUGGGCAUUCGUCACAAUAUCCUCGGUUGCAACUAUUCUUCGAAUUUACUGCCGCGGAUGGGUCAUCAAGGCGUUUGCAGCCGAUGACUGGCUAGCUGUUGCUGCUCAGAUACUCUUUAUUUUCUUCUGUGCCUACGAAAUCACAGGCGUCCGUUAUGGCACUGGUCAGCAUAUCGCCAAUAUUCCCCAAGAGGACAUCCCAAGGGCGAUGCAGAUGUGGUGGACUUGCGAACCCCUUUACGUCUUAACCAAUAUGGCCAUUAAGGGCAGCAUUGCAAUUUUCUUACUACGACUCUGCGUCCACAGAACCCACAAGAUCACUAUUUGGGUAGUUACUAUUGUCACUGAAGUAUACAGCUUGUUCUUCUUUAUACUCUUUAUUCUGCAAUGCCGACCUACAUCCCUAUUCUGGCUUCGGUUUUCUUCGAAUCCUCCUUCCGGAAGCUGCUUGGAUGCAAAAAUCGUUUCGAAUACUUUCUACGGCUACUCGGCUAUUAGCUGCUGGACCGACUGGACACUCAGUAUCCUUCCGAUCUUUAUUGUCUGGAAGCUGCAGAUGAACCGCAGAGUGAAGAUCUCUGUAUCAUUAAUCUUGGCGGCUGGUAUAAUUGCUUCGAGUGCAACGAUCGUCCGCUUCCCAUACAUCCAUUCUUUAACCGAUAUCGACGACUUUCUCUAUUCCACCUCGGACGUUGCGAUAUGGUCAACUGUUGAGACCGGACUCGGUAUUACUGCUUCUGGACUGGCAACACUGCGACCUCUUCUCAGAACCUUCUUUGGCGGCUCCUCGGCACGAGGGAACAGCACAUCCGCUGGACCAUGGCAUAGAACGGGCAGCGAUCAUCCGAAAUCAGGCUACAUCCGCAGUCGUGGGGAGACUGGGACGGCAUUUGAACUGCAGGAGAAUGGCGGAAAGAAAAUUGGGGUCACCACCGUUAUCAAUUACGGCAAGGGUGAGGAGUCUGACAUCGAGGGGCAGAAAUACAAGCCAGAUAGUAGGUCGGUGGGCUCGGAUUCUAUUGAAGGCGCCAGCGAGUGGAAUGGCAGCCAGGCAAACCUUUCGGAAAGGCCCGAAGGCAUACGAAAAGCUGGGCAAGGAGCAUGGAACAUUACGGUCAAGAAGUCGAUUGUUCAAACAACGGAAAACUGA